GCAGGACAGGUCUACACAGCAGCAAGCAGCGACAGCAGAGUGCAAAAGCAGCAAAGCGACAAAUAAUUUGUAGCAAAGUGUCGAGGCAGGGCAAAACAGCAGCGUCUGAAGUAGAAGUGGAGAAGAAAUAUGACACAGUCUCAUCAGCUCAGCUCACAUUCAGCUGCAGGAGGGUUUUUGUUUCACUCUUUCUCACUGUGGGACAUCUUUGGCUCUGGGACUAAACUGUAUGUAACAGAGCAGCGGGUAGUGAAGCCUGUGGUGAGCGUGUACCCAGCAGCCUCCAGAGAUCCCCUGAAGAACCACCUGCUGUGUGUGGCCUCAGCCAUGUUCCCUCCUGAGGUCCAGUUCUCCUGGAAAAGACUGAAGCAGAACGGCGGCCUGGAGGAGCUGAACUCCAGAGAGGGAGAGCAGCUGGAGCUCAGAGAGUCGGGACGCUCCACCUCCAUCUUGGUGCUCGGUCAGCAUGAUGUUGAGACAAAAUAUCGCUGCUCUGUGAAGCACGAGGGAGGAACAGUGGAGGCUGAAACAGAGCAAGGUAAAGAAGUGCCGAUUGUUUUAUCUCUGUCUGUUUCAGUCAUAUAUCCUCCAGCCGUCCCUCCACCACACUGGUACAGAGAGAGGCUGCUCUGCCUGCAGUACACAGUGCUGAUAGUGAAGAGUGUGGUCUACUGCUUUGGACUCUCUCUGAUGAUGAUCCUCAGAAACAAAGGACCGUCCACCAGCUCCACACAUGCUGACUGACCUCCAAGAGCUUCACGUCUCACUCACACCUGGCAUAAAACCACAGAAUUUACAAUGAAAUAAAUAAAUGUCAAGUCAGAGCCUUGCUUUUAAAUUUCUACUCAAACAAGAACAAAAAACAUUUUAGAAGUAAACAUUAUCCUGAACACAUCUAACAACACAAUUAUGCAGACAACAAGAGGAUCUGAAGUCCAGCAAUUUUUAUUGAAAUAAAUUGCUUUCUUUUGUUGAUUAAAGUCAAUAAAAUGUGGUUUGUUAUUUGGUUUUGAUAAAGUUUCUAGUGCUGUCAAUUUUAAUCGCGAUUAAUCCAUUGAGGUCUGCCAAUUGAGUCAAAGAAAAGAACUAGAGGAUAAUAGU